UGCGGUUCUUCUGCUGCUGUUUGUUUCUGCACAAACAUCAAUAAAUGUCCAUAAAACGUUUUUCAGUUCUGGAAGUUCCUGGAAUCUGAAUCCUCGUCCUGCUGGAGCCUCCGUGUCGACUCCUCCCUGCCUGACGCUCCGCCUCCUGCAGGAGGAUCGCAGGCAGACGGAGGCGGACGCAGCAGAGGACGGAGGACGGAUCAGAGGACGGAUCAGAGGACGGAGACAGGAUCUUCAUCUUCAUCAUCUUCAUCAUGGACGCUCUGAGGAAGGGAUUCUCCAUGGCCAAGGACGGCGUGGUCGCCGCCGCUGAGAAGACCAAGGCCGGCGUGGGCGAGGCCGCCACCAAGACCAAGGACGGGGUCGUGUAUGUGGGAAACAAGACGAUGGAGGGAAUGGUGACGAGCGUGAACACAGUUGCUCAGAAAUCCACUGAACAGGCCAACGUUGUUGCCGACACUGCGGUUGCCGGGGCCAACGAGGUUGCCCAGGCGACGGUGGAGAGCGUGGAGAACGCGGCGCUGGCGAGCGGAUUGGUCCAGACGACUGCAGUCCCUAAAGCAGCAGAUCAGCCUGAACCUGCAGCUCAGUAGCAAGCCGCCGUCACAGAGGAGAGAAGAAGAAACUCAAAGCUAACCUGCUAAUCAGCUGUUCCUCCUCUGCAUCGUUAACCUCAUUAACCAAUCAGAGCUCUGACUGCCUUGUUGCCAUGGUUACAUGGUUUCCCUCCUGGUUAUGCUUGGAUGAUUUCGUGCUUUCAGAUGAUUGGCUCAUUGGAGUGGAUGUGUUGAACUCCUGCUGCUCACCUGUACUGUCUACCUGUAAGCCCCGCCCCCUGAUCCGGCUCUAGUGCAUGAAGCUUCACUGAAACAGAAACAGACUGAUGGAGUUUACUCUGAUUCAGGCUCAGCUGGUUGAAUCUUUUAUAAACUACAAGAAAUAAAGAGUUUAAAAUCCA